GUUGUUCAGAAACAAGAGUUAAGGGAAGGGAAGAGAAAGUUUUAGAGUGUUUUGUUUGUGUGAUUUGAUUUUAUUCAUUGCGACUCGAUCCGCGCAGAAGAAGCAUGCGCCUUGCAAUGAUGAGUCACAGCGGGCAAGAAUGUGUGCUGUGUUGUUGUUGCUCGCGAGGUCUCGGGAUCGAAUUCGUUUGACUACUGUACAGGAGGAGGGGGAGGAUAAAAGGAAGGAGGAAUUGUUUUGUUGUGUGUGUGAUGAACCCUUCUGUGAGCUGUUCGUCUGAGGAGAGAGGUGAAGAUAACAGUUGGGUUUGUGAGAGCUGGGAUAAUCCUGCAGUAGCAGCGCCUAUUAACGCCAUGUCUGUGGGUCUCGAGACUGCUCGCCAGUUUCAUGGCCGUGUUGACUGGGAUUGGGAUAACUCCGCCACUGCAGCAGCAGCCACCGUGAAUAACAAUAACAACAGUACUAGUACUAAUCCUUUGCUCCGCCACCACCACCACCACCACCACCAUGAGCAGUCUGAUUCAGAUGACCAGAAGCCCCACAUAGCUGUGCAGCCUCCAAUGGCGGCCCACACAGUAGCAAGCUUUCGGCAAUAUAAUGGAAUGGGUCUUGGAUAUUCUGGUCAGCACCAUCAUCAUCCUCUGGGCAUGCUGAAUUCGUCUGGGAUGCGGUCCUUUGGGGAUUCGAACUCGGGUCUGGCCAGUUCUUCUUCGUCUUUUCAUCAGAGCUUGCUGUAUCCCGAAAUGCCCAGUUUUGCUUACGGUGGGUGCGAUUCCAGAUCCCAAUUGGCCCAAAUGAUGAGCAUUCAGAAUCACCACCAUAAGCAUGGCGCUGGUGCUGGGACUGCUGUUUUUCAUGAUAUUGUGAAACGGGAAGACCUUGAGUACCAGGCUACAAUGCUGAAUCUGGGCCACAGAGCUUAUUUUUCUUCCGAGGAUUCUGCUGUUAGCAGGCUUUAUAAGCGCUCCCGUGCUCUCCCUCCGUCUUCUCAAGCGCCCCGCUGCCAAGCCGAGGGCUGCAAGACUGAUUUAACCAAUGCCAAGCACUACCAUCGCCGCCAUAAAGUCUGUGAAUUCCACUCCAAAGCCGCCACUGUUAUCACAGGAGGCGUCCACCAGCGUUUCUGCCAACAGUGCAGCAGAUUCCACGCAUUGUCUGAAUUCGACGAGGCGAAGCGAAGCUGUAGGAAGCGCCUGGCGGAUCACAACAGGCGGAGGCGCAAACCGCAGCCAAACGCAGUAACUUCAAAUACAGAAACACCCACACCAGCCCUAAAAGCCGAAGAGGAUGACCAUAGCCAUAGCAACAAAAAUGGAUCAGGCAGCAGUGACACCACAAGAGGUGUUCAGGUUGCGCCCCCUGUGAGAACAGAAUCACAAGCCUUGAUGAGCGCAAUGUCUCUUCCACUGAUGCUGCAAAACAGCAAAGGACAGAUGAGCCCUAAUCCAAACGCCUCCUCGGCCAAUUGUAACGCUAACCCGAACCCUAAUGGGGCGCUGCAACAGCAUUCUUCUUCUCACAAGGAGUGCCAGCAGCAGCAGCAGCAGUAUAGUCAAAACGGACCCAAUUUGUCAAUGGGUCUGUGCAAUCAGAGAACACAAGCUCAGCAGGAAUACAGUGGACUGGAGCUUGCGCUGCCAUGGCUGAGACCUGGUUCAGAAUACAGCUCCUCACAUCAUCACAGGCCAUCGCCUCCCAUGGAUAUUCUGCAUCCUAUUAUGUCUGAAAAGUCCGAUGUGGAAGGCUAUUCUUCCUCUAUUCAGAACUUUCUGCCUCUGAGCACAUCGAGCUCAAGAGACAUGGGAGGAAGCUCACAGUGGAUGGUGGGGAAUAGUGAUCAUGAAAGUGGGCAUGAGCAUGAACAGCAGAUGUUCAGCCUCUUGGAAUCGCCCGCAGCAGUGAGAACGGAAGAGGAUUCGUCUGCUGCAGUAGAGUAUUUAUCACACCGCCGUCAUCAUCAUCAUCAUCAUCAUCAUCAUCAAGGGGGUCUGGGUUUGAACUCCAAAGAUGGAACCAUGCAGUCGCUCAGACCGUUCGGCCAGUCUAUUUACGACUCUACUUUGUGAGACUCGAACAGCAGACGUCAGAUCUCUCUGUAUUGUAAGCAAAACUUCGGCCAUAGUAAACAGUACUGAAAAUCAUCCGAGGCAUUGAUAAGAAAAACCAAAUACCGUGGUACGUUUUUUCCUAAUUCCAGUCAUCUAAUUCGUCACAAAAACAUGCAGUAGCGUGUCAUCAUUCUCUUCCGGCACAAGUUUUUCAAAGAAAUUGUUGUUAUGGUUUAUAACAUAUAACCGGCUUUCAGUUAAACAGUCUCCAAUAAAAAAUGUCUGAGCCACUCUCGAUGAUGACCGUCUGUCAUUUCUAGGCCCAUCAAUUCCUUUCUGUUUUUAACUCUACAUUUCAGCAGCAUUUUGAACUUGUAACCACCGCAGUUUGAAUGAAGCUAAAGCUCAUCUCUUGUUUAGCCAUAUGAAUAAGCAAAUUGUUUAUUACUGCGCUUAUAAUAUAUCUUUUAUGAAUGUUGGGCACUC